UUGCAUUUCGGCUGUCCAAAAAGAAGGCUGUGUGGCAUUGGAAGUGUAAGGCUCUGAGUUUUAAUUCUGCUUUAGCUGUAAAAUAUGUGGGUCUCAUUUUCCUUCUCUGUAAUCAAAACUACUGGGAUCCUUCCCAGUUUAGUUGUCUUAGCAGUCUUUGAGGGGAGGUGGAUGGAAGGCUUAACCAGCAGCCACAGCCAGCCUGUCUGCCGGGAGCCCAGGAGCCAGCUUGCAAAAUCUUGAAAAGCCAACCCCUUCUUAGUAGUCAGCUGCCUGUGAUCCUGAGAACUGCUGUCAAAACCUGUGUUUUCACUCUCAGUAAAUUCAGACCUGUGACCUUUAAUAAACUGUGAUGAGAGAUUUAAGUCUGUGCCUAGGGACCAACAGGUUCCCCUCAAGCCCUUACAUCACAAUCUUUCUGGUUCCUGCACAGAAUUCUUGCUUACCAGGGUUCCUCCGGACUUUUAGCUCAGCCCCUGGGGCUGCUGGCCCUGCGCAGUAAGAGCACUUAGGGGAGGGGCGAGGCACGUGCCUCUGAGCACCCUCCUGGUCGGUUCAAACGACCUCGAGACCUGGCGGGUUGGUGGAGAGCGGAAGGGAGGGAGAGAAGGUAGGAGCCUGGGCCUACCUCUCGACCUCAAGACUCCCAGCCCCAUGGUCCCCGCCGCCUGCAUGCUGCUCUGGGCCCUGCUGCUAAGUCUGGAGUACCGGGCGGCGGGGGCCGAAGACCAAACGACUACCCCGACCGCUACCACGAUUGGGAUGCAGCGGGUCAGCUUCCGCUUUGGGGGCCCAGCCCGCAGCCUCCACAGCACAAACCCCACCGCCCGGACCACUGUACCCGGGAAGCUGAGGGUAACCCUGGAGGAUGAAAAUGAUGCCCUGGCCACUGCUGACCGCCUGGCCCUCCCGGCAGCUGCUGAGCUCCUGUCCACCGUGACAGGCUAUAGCCGGUCAUCAGUGCCCAGCCCCAGUGACUGGGAGGAGGAUGGCUCCUUGGAAGAGGGGGUGGUUGAUACCAGAAAAACCACCAACGGCCCUAGCAGCACCACUUCUCUGGUUCCUGUCCACCUGAGACGCAGACCCAUCCUGCCACCCACUAGCCCGAGCCCCAGCCCAGCUCUUGCCUUUUGGAAACGUGUCAGGAUUGGCCUGGAGGAUAUCUGGAACAGCCUUUCUUCAGUGUUCACAGAGACUCAACCAGUAGAAAGAAUCCAGAGGUAAUGGCCAUGUCUCCCUCAAGAGAAGAUGUCUACAUUAUAAACUCCCUUUUCAACCCCAACACCCACUAUAUAUUUUUAAUAUAUAGAAAAAAAAGCUAAAAAAUACUUUGGUCUCAUUUUUCUUUUUGGUGGUGUCUGGGUCAAACCUGGGGCUCCACACAUGGUGGGGCCCACGGACUUCUCCCCAGCACUUGGCUGUGUGUUUACAGAAGUGCUCAGUGACAUUAGAGCCAGCAGGUCUAGCCUGUUCCUUUACCCCUUUCUUCCAAAAUAAAAUAUUCACACUGCUCA